AUGGUUGGAAGACCUCCUAUAGAAACAUGGAAUCGAAGUGAAUUAGAAGAUAAAUAUUUAAAAUUAUAUACAUCAGAAUUUGAAUUAAAAAAGAAAAAUAAAAGUUUAGAAAAUGAAUUAAAAAAAUAUAAUACAAAAAUAAGAAAAAAAAUUUCUGGAGAAAGCAACAGUACAGUAAAUGAAUAUCAAACAAAUAUAAAUUCUUUAAAACAUGAAAAAGAAAUUUUGAUUCAAAAAAUUGGUGCUUUAAAACAACAAUUGCUAGCAUAUACUACACCACAAAUGAGGCAAGUAGGAAUAAAUUUACUUACAUCAAGGCCAGGAAAUAUGACAACAUUAAGAACAUUAAUGACAACAGGAGAGAGACCUUCUGCCAAAAUGAUAAUUGGUACCAGUAAAUGGAGUAAUAAAAAUACUGAAAUAAAUAAUCAACCAAAUGAUAUAAUGAAUAAAAAUGCGCAAAUUGAUAAUAAACAAAAUAUAAAUUAUAAUAAUAGUGAUUAUUCAAAAAAUAAUAAAAUAACAAAUAAUAAUAAAGUAGAAAAAAAUAUACAACCAACAAUUAAUAGUCCAAAUUUACAAAAUCCUGAUAUGGAACUUUAUAGUCAAUUAAAGGUAAAUUAUAUUAAAAUUAAUAGAGAAUUAAGAGAAAAAAAUGAUGAAACAAAUUUAUUACAAAAACAAUUGCAAGAUAAAAUAAAUUUAAUUAAUAAUUUACAAGAAGAAUUAAAUAAUUUAAGUGAUGAAAAUGUUAUAUUAAAAAAAGAAAAGAAACAAUCAGCUAAAACAUUAAAAGAGUUAGAAAAAAAGAUACAAUUAAAUCUUGAAGAUUUGGAUAGUAACAUUGAGUCAACACAAAAAUUAACAAAUAAUUUUGAGAAUGAAAGAAACAAAAUAGAAAAGCCUCUACUUGAAGCAGAAAUAAGACAAUUAAAAGAUGAAAUAUAUUCUUUAAAAGAAAUUAAUGAAAAAUUAAUUAAAAAUAGUUUUGAACAAGAUAAUUGUGGAAAAGUUAGAAUAGAUCAAUUAAAUUCUUUAAAAGGGACCAUUGAGAUGUUAAAUGAAAAAGUAGAGAAAUUAAAAAAUAAUAAUGAUGAAUUAGAAAGAAGAAUUCAAUAUUUAAAUAUUGAAAAAAAAACUAUCGAAAAACAUUUAGAAAAUAAAGAAGAACAUAAUCAAGAUAAAAAAUCAUCAAACAUUGAAUUAAAAAAUAUUUUAGAAGAAUUUUCACAAAUUAAAAAUAUUAACAAAAAUACAAUAGAUAUUGAUAAUAAUGUUAAUGAUUUAUUUGUUAAUAUUAAUAAUAUGAUAGAAAAAUAUUCAAAAGAAGAUAGUAAUAUUAAUGAUAAAGAAUUUGAAUAUAAAAAAAUGUAUGAAGAAGUUCAUGAAGAAAUGGAGAAACUAAGAAAUUUACUUGUACUUCAACAUAAUAUUAAUGAAAAACAAAUAAAUGAAAUUGAACUUCUUAAAAUAAAUAAUAGUUUAUUAUCAGAAGAGUUAACAAAAAGAAAAAAAAUAAUUGAAGAAAAUAAAACUAAAUAUAAUUUAGAGAUAAAUAAAUUGAAGAGGCAAAUUAAUAAGAAAUAUUCAUUACCAUAUAAUAUAGAUGUAUCACCAGGACCAAUUCCAUUUGAAGGAAAUGAAGAUAUUGGUACAAUAAAUGAAAUGUCAGUAAUAUUAAAAGGAAUACAAUUUAAUGAGGAGUUUCAAAUUAAUUCACAAUGUCUUUAUUUUAUAUCAUUAGAAUUUUUUAAUUUUGAAAUUUUAACAACACCAUCAUUUAGUGGUAUAUCAUGUUCUUUUGAAUAUACAGCAAUUUAUGAUUUAAUUGUAUCUGAAUUAUUAGUAUAUUAUAUGGAAAAUGAAGGAAUUUAUAUAGAAUUAUAUAAAGUUGUUGGAUCUGAAUGUACUAAAUUAGGAUCUAAUAUAAUUUCAUUAAAAUCACUUUUUCAUUCAUCAAAAAUAUUAGAUAAUGAAAUUAUUAUUUAUGAUAUAGAAAAUAAAAGUCAAAUAGGAUCUAUAAAAUAUAAUAUUAUUUUAACAGAUAUAAUAUUUGAAUGUAUUAAAGAAGGAUAUAAAAAAUUAUAUUUAAAAGAUAAUAUAACUACUUUAAAAAAUAUAGAAUCACUUAAACAAGAUACUUCAUUAAAUACAAUAAAAAAUAAUACUAAAAUAAAAGAUAAAUUGGAGGAAGAAAAAUUUUUAAAUGAAAAUAUAGAAAAUGAUAAAUUUAAUACUAAAAUUCAAAAAGAUAUAUUAAAUUGGAAAAGUAAUAAACAAAUAUCUGAAGAUGAAACUAUUUCUAUAUUAAAUAAUAAACAAUUAAAUAUAGAAUCAAUCAAAGAAAAUAAUUCAGAAGAAAAUAAAAUAUUAUCAAAUGUAUUACAAAAUAUUUCUAAUAUAGAUGAAGAUAAGAUUGAUGAAAUACCAUUAACAUUUAACCCAACAACUUUAUCAAAUAUAGAAGAAGAAAGUUUAUCACAAUCAUCUGAAAUAAAUGAUAAAAAUAAAAUAAAUGAAGAAAUAAUUAUAAAUGUUGAUAUUUAUGGUAUUUUAACAUUAUCUAAUAUUACAAAAAAUAAUGAUAUUGUAACAUUUAUUGCUUAUCAAAUACCAGGACAUUCAGCAUAUUUAAGUGAACCAAUUAAAGGAUUAAAUCCUAUUUAUAAUUCUCAUAAAGUAUGGAAUAUAUUAUUAGAUUAUAAUAAUAUAUCAAAUAUUAUAAAAGAAAGUAUAUUUAUUUAUAUAGUUGAUGAUAAUAAAUAUAAAAGAAAUAUACCAGAUAAUAAUGUUUUUGAUGAAGCUGUUUUAUGUUAUACAAUAAUUAAUAUUAAAAAUAUUGAUCUUAAUAAACCUAUGUAUGGUGAUUAUGAAACAUAUUUAGGAAAUGGUAAAAAAUCGAAUACAAAAUUAAGAUUAGCUAUAUAUGCUGGACCACAAAAAGAUGAAAAAGAUUUUUUUAAUAAACCAUUAAGUAGUCUUAUUAAUAAUAAUAAAGAUAAAAAUAAUAGUGAAAAUGAUAUUUUAAUUAAUAAUCUAACAUCAAAUGAUAAAAAGAAAAUAACAAAUAGUAGCAAUUCAAAUCCAUCAUCAACUACCAGUUCUGAAACUAAAACAUAUAUAAAAAGUGAAAUAUCAAGUAAUAGUGAAUCAUAUGAUAAUAAAAUUAUUCAAAAUAAUAAUUUAAAUCAAGAAAAAAUUAAAAUACCUUUAUCUAAACAAUUAUUUCCUAUACCACCAUCUAGAAAUGUAACUCAAAAAAAAGAAAAUGACUCAACAUCAUCACAUAGUUCAAUUAUCACUGUAACAGAAAUGAAUAUUAAUAAUUCAAAAAACGAAAGUGCUUUACCACCAAUUAAAUCAACAAUACCAUUAGAAAUAUUAAAUAAUGAAAUGAUAUCAAAUAUUGAUGAAAAACAAAUUAAUGAAAUUAAAGAUUAUACUACAUCAUUCGAUGAUAAAAGUAAUUCUGAAAUAUUAUCAAUUAAAUCAGAUAAAACAAAUUCAAAUAAAUCUAUUGAUAAAAAAGAAAAUAAAGAAUAUGUAAAAGGUGUUGGAUUUAUGAGUCCAUUACAUUAUUCAAUAUCACCUUCUAAUAGUUAUACAUCUUAUACUUCAACAAAUGAUAAUAAAAAAAAAGAAAAUAUACUAAAGAAAAAAGAACCAUCAUUAUAUGAUAAUGAAAAAAUGAAAUUAAUAAAACCUAUAACUCAUCAAACAACAUUAAAUAAAGACAUUCUAAAUAAUAGUACUAAAGGUGGAAUAUUAAAUAUAAAUAUAUUAUCAUUUUAUGUAACAGAAAAUUUUUAUUAUAUAUAUGGUAGAAAUAUAAAUUUUAAUAUUUUUUUUGAAUGGCAAAUUAUUGAUAUAGAUCAAGAUAUGUGUGAAAGUAAUGAAUCAUUAUCAAUAUCAAAUUAUCCUAAUAUUCCUAUUAUUGUUAAUAGUAAAAAUGAAUAUAUAUUAACAAAAAGACAAAUAGAACUUUUAGAACAAUGGCAAGAACUUGGUAAUAAACUUACAUUUACAAUGGUAUCAGAUCCAGGUGAUGAAGGUGAAUGUGAUGAUAUAGGAACAUCAUCAUUUGAUCUUCAAUAUAUUAAUGUUGGACAUCCAAUUGAAAUAAAAAUUUACAAUAAUGAUGGUGAUUGGAUAGCAUCAAUGAAUGUUGAAGUUAAUUUACAAUAUACAUAA